AUGAGUUUCAUCGAGAAGGAAGCGCAGCAUGUUGAAGGUUUCGCACCAGAAUUAGCGGUUGUCACACACGGCGGGGGCAAAAAAUUAGAAGAUCCAUUGGUAGUGCGCCCCACCUCAGAAACGGUCAUCGGAUAUAUGUACAGUCAGUGGAUUCAGUCCUAUCGGGAUCUACCGGUGCUGAUUAACCAAUGGGCAAAUGUUGUGCGUUGGGAAUUACGCACCCGCUUAUUUCUCCGCACGAUGGAGUUUCUCUGGCAGGAGGGACACACCGCCCAUGCCACUGCGGAGGAAGCACAGGAAGAAACGCUGCAAAUGCUGGAUGUGUACACUGACUUCGCUGUGAACGAUGCCGCCAUCCCGGUUAUUCCCGGCCGUAAGAGCGAUAGUGAGAAGUUUCCCGGCGCGGACGCUUCCUACAGUAUUGAAGCCAUGAUGGGAGAUCGCCGGGCGUUACAGUCAGGAACCUCGCACAAUCUCGGACAGAACUUCGCCAAAGCCUUUGACAUUCAGUAUCAGGAUGCGAAUGGGACGCAGCAAUACUGCUGGACGACCAGUUGGGGUGUGAGCACACGAAUGGUUGGCGCGAUUAUCAUGGCGCACGGCGACGACCAAGGGUUGGUCUUGCCGCCACGUCUGGCACCAACUCAGGUGGUGAUUGUGCCGAUCUAUCGAAAGGACGCUGAACGGAGCACAGUCAUGGAAGCGAUCGAAAAGAUCGAAGCCAUGCUAGGGCAGGACGUACGGCUGAAGGUCGAUCAGCGCGACGAAUACUCUCCCGGCUGGAAGUUCAACGAAUGGGAGUUGAAGGGCGUGCCGUUACGGAUAGAGAUUGGGCCCAGAGAUAUUGCAAAAGAUCAGGUAGUGCUUGCCCGCCGGGACGUGCCGGGACGAGAUGGCAAAUCGUUCGUUCCAUUGGCGGGAUUAGCUGAUAUCGUCUCCGAUACACUCAGGGACAUCCAGAAUAAUCUGCUGGCUCGUGCGACCGAAUUCCGUGAUGCCAAUACAUCAGAGCCCGUCCGACUACGAUUCGUUUAG